CCUCGGGGCUCCCGCGGUGGCCGGUGGUUAGUUGGCGGCCCCCGUUGGGCUGCCCGCCUCCCAUCGGUCACUCCCCAGAGGGGAGCGGCGAGAGAGGGCGCUCUCCCCGCUAGGCACCUGCGGUGAACGAGCGUUUGUGGCGGUUGCUCCCGGGAGAGCCGUCCAAGAUGGCGGCACGUGGCGGUGGACGCAGUUGUACAGGGCCUCCCGUGUGGUCUUAGAGCUCGCGUCUGUGGACCAGUGUCUGGUCAAGGAGGAGGAAUGAGACGGUUAUCCAUUCUAACUCGAUGUUUCUCCUUCGUGGGCGGCUUUGAGAUUUUUUGGAUGACUGGUUGUUUCUUUUUGUUUCUGCUUUACUUUGCUUUCAUUUAUUUACUUGUUCAUUUUUGCGGGUCUGCGGACUGAUUGGAGGAUCCCCGAGCUUCCCUCGCAGAUCUGUAUAGAGUCUCCGCAGAUCUUUUUUUUUUUUUUUCCUUUAAGGUAGGGUCUCUUUGACCUUUAACUUAGGACUUUCCUGCCCCUAGAGUACCUGAGAUAACAGGCUUGGACAUUUGUUUUUGAAUCUCAGUAAAUCAUUACAUAGCCAUUUUGUUUGUUUUUUUGGUUUGUUUGUUUGUUUGUUUUUUCCCAUCUGAGUAUUGGUAAGCACUGGGUGGUGGACCACCAUUUUCACUUUUCCAACAUUUUAAAGGACACACACAGAUACUACCACUGAAGUGUCAGAGGCACUUGGAUUCUCACACGAGGAGCCUUCAACUACAGUUUCCGGUUCAGAGCUGAGGAGCCAUGAGUCACUUGCAAAACUUACUGCUAGACACCCUACUGGGGACGAAGCAUGUGGACAGUGCAGCCCUCAUCAAACUCCAGGAAAGGAGCCUGUGUGUGACGUCACCAGGAUUUAAUAUAAUGCCCAGUGAUGUUCGAACACUUGUGAAUGGAUUUGCCAAAAACCCAUUGCUAACCCGAAGGGAAGGGUUGUAUUUCAAGGAAAAGGAUUACAAGUGUGUCCGGGCAGAUGACUCUUCUCUCUAUGCUAAAAAUGAAAACACUGGCGUGGUGGUGGUGAAGACCCACCUGUACCUUCUGGUGGCUACUUACAUUGCAGGCAUGUAUCCUAGUGUCUGUGUAGAAGCCACAGAGAAGCUGGGAGACUAUCUAAGAAAAAAAGGAAACUAAGUCAUCAGACAACUAGUGAAGACAACUUUGUUAUUUUGGAAGAAAAGUAUAGAUCCUUAAGAAAAAGAUUUUGUGGUUGAAAAACACUGAAUUUGAGAUUAAAACAAGGACUGAGUUAAGGAAGCAA